UCAAAGUCUUAUCAUAAAAACAAAUAUAACAACCUUUGAUAAGAUGCUGGAAAGUGCAUAUAAUGCUGCAAGUUUUCCACUGAACUGGGGCUGCUUUAUUUCUUUAUUCAGCUCAGAACAGAUUCAUCGGGUGCAACAAUGCGUCAUCCUGGUGAAACAAGACAUCGUCUUUACCUGCUCAUAUUAACAUUUUCUGCAAACUUCCACAUCAGCACUGCCUUGUCUCUCCCCCUCACAGCGGCUCCAAUCUUUAAAGAUACACCUUUUGCAGUCAUAUGGAAUGCACCUACGCAAGUGUGCCAAAACCUCAAUAUUCCUUUGGACUUUUCUGUCUUUCAAGCAGUGACCACACCAGCCAGUGACCCUAAUCAGUUUCUUUUCCUGUUCUACUCCAAUCGGCUUGGAUUAUACCCAUACACAGAUCCUAGUACAGGGAGGCAGGUUAAUGGUGGUAUUCCGCAGAAGGGAAACCUGACAGCCAGCCUAGUGAAAGCUCAUAAUGAUAUCAUCCAGUAUAUUCCUGAGUGCAGCCCGGGUUUGGCUGUGAUUGACUGGGAAGCAUGGCGUCCACUGUGGGCCAGGAAUUGGGGCUCCAAAAACAUCUAUCGGAAGCUUUCCAUUCAAUAUGCAAUGGAAAAUAAUCCACUUCUAUCACCCAGUGAGGCUGAUUCUGUUGCUAAGCAGCAAUUUGAGAAUGCAGCCAGGGCUUACAUGGAGAAAACCAUGCAGCUGGGGAUCAAACUGCGCCCAAACUACCGCUGGGGAUUUUACCUGUUUCCAGAUUGUUACAACUAUGGAUGGGGUAAACCGGGCUACACAGGUGAAUGUGCAGCGAUUGAGAAAAGCCGUAAUGAUGAGCUGCUUUGGCUGUGGGAGACUAGUACAGCUUUAUUUCCCUCAGUAUAUUUGCCAAUCAGUCUGAGGGAACAACCUGACGCAGCUCUAUUUGUCAGAGGGCGUGUGAAGGAAGCUGUUAGGGUGUCUGCUCUUCCUAAGUCUCUUUACACGUCACCGAUUUAUGUGUAUUCACGUCCUCUCUUCAGUGAACAGAACAAAAUAUUUCUGAGUGAGGCAGAUCUAAUCCAUACUAUUGGAGAAAGUGCAGCUUUAGGUGCAUCAGGUAUAGUGUUGUGGGGUGCAAGUGCUGACUACAACAGCAAGGCAUCAUGUGAAGCACUGGCUGCUUAUCUGCCCUCUACACUGAACCUUUAUGUUUCCAAUGUAACUGCAGCUGCAAAACUCUGCAGUCAGACCCUGUGCCAAGGUAACGGCCGCUGUGUCCGCCAGAACCCAGACUCAGGCGUCUACCUGCACCUGAACCCAAAUAACUUCAGUAUUCAGCAGCAUGAUGGAAAAUAUAUGGCUGUUGGUGUGCCUUCCCAAAGUGAUCUUAAUGUUUUUGUAAACAGUUUUACCUGUCAGUGUUAUGCAGGUCGAGUGUGUUCUGCCAACACAUCAAUUUCAGCACCCAAGACUCCAGUAGUAAUUCAUGUGUGAUUUAAAGUCUUCUUGUUACAGUAAUUGUAUGUCCUACUGUAAAAUUAUGCUGCAAUUAAGAAUGACAAAGUGAUGGUUUGUUAUCAAAAAUCAAUUCAAUCAAUCAAAAAUCUCCUUCAAAAUUAGGAUUUAGAGCAAUUUCCGUACUAGAGGAAGAAUUUAAUGCCAUAUGAAGAGAUACAUAGACAGACUGCACCAGAGAAUUUUGAUCGCAGGUGCUGAGGGCAUGCCAGUUUAUUUACAGGGGGGCUGAGCCAUUACAAAUAAUAUUUGCAUAAAAGGUCUUGGACUCAUGUUUUGAAUCUUUUUAUGUUUUUAUGUAAUUAAAGAAGCACUUAAAUAGCAAAAUGAAUUUUUUUUGCAUAUAUACAAAAAAAAAAAACUUAUAGCACCGGGUAGUUGCCAAAUAGCAUCACUUACUAUUUGAAGUCUCAAAUCAGGAGAAUGCAGUGGUUGUUGUGGUCGACUGCAAAUUUAUAAAUGAUGCGUUCAGCAUCCAGGGCCUUCGUUCUUCGAGUAUUUAUGGCAAUAGUGCUAAGUUGCUGUUUUGUGCCACAAUCCAACAAUCCGAACAAUCAACAUUUACAUUUACAGCAUUUAGCAGACACCCUUAUCCAGAGUGACUAACAUUUAUUUCAAAUUAUACAACUGAGCAAUUGAGGGUUAAGGGGAUUGCUCAUGGGCCCAGCAGUGGAAGCUUGGUGGACCUGGGACUUGCCGAUCAGUAGUCCAACACCUUAACCAACUUAUUCCAACUUAGAAUUAAGUGGUCGCUUAUUUGGCACAAGAACCUGCUCUAUUUUUAAAAUAAAAUGUUACUACACCUGUGCCAGCAUAGCUCCAACUAUUGUCACGUGUCUUUAUGUUACGCAAGAGUAAUAAAUAAAUGUUUUUACUUCUUUUUUUUUUUUAAAUUAUUAAUUGGAACACAAUGUGUAUAUUAUUGCUCUAAAAAAUGUUUGGGGAUGCUACAAUAUGGGGGAACUUUGUUCUUUCUUGGGGAUGCUGAAGCUUCUGCUAUCUCCUCUCUAUGUUAAAUAAAAUAAAAACAAUCCUACAAUCCUAA